GAGGAAAAAAAUAAAGGAAUGAUCACACACAAAAACCUUCCCUUCCUUCCCCCCUUCCUUUUUUGGCUGCCUUAAUAAAGCUUUUACGCCGCCGGGUUUGGUUAAUAUUAAAUGAUGGAUUGAGGGGAGAUAAUGAAGAAAUGUCGACGACGUGGAGAGGAAAGAUUGGAGGGAAAGGAGAGAAUAAAUAUUUGUGUUGAUAAGGAAAAAAUUAAAAAAAGAGGAAAGAAAUGAGGGAAGUGGUUGGUAAAAAUUAAGAAAAAAUAUAGAUUUAUUUGGGGAAUGAGGGGAUGAUCAAAAAAAUCAUACGUCUUUUUAGGGCAAAAAUAAUGUGUAAAAAGAGGGAAAAAAGAAAAUAAAAAGAAAAAUCUUUAAGUUUUUCUGUGCGCCAAAAAGUUCUAUAAGGCGUAAAAACACCAACUUUAAGUUUUUGCGUUCUAAACAGUUGAAAUAAAAUUUUGGCGCACAGCUUAAAAAGCACAAGUUUUUAAACUGAUAAAAUAAAUUUAAAUAUUUUUAGUGAAAAAUCAGAAGUGAAUAAAUUGCCAGAAAAUGAAGAAGAAAUGAUGAUAGAAGAAGAAAAAAUGGGACGUGAAACAAAAAGGCAACUAAUAAUGACAGAAGAAGGGGCAAACUUGAGAGAUUUAAAUGGAUUUAUGGAAGAAGAUUUUAAUGAAGUUGACAGAGAGGGGGGAAUUGUUUCUCCAACAAUUACUGGAAGUCCAGAUAAAUCAGAUGAUUGUGAUGUUUUGUCAGAUCAUGACAGUAAUGGGACAACAACUGAAUUUGAAAAUGGAGAAAAGCCAUUCUUUUGUUCAUGGAAAAAUUGUCAAAAACGAUUUGCAAAUAAAUUUUUACUUAAAAAACAUCAUUUUAUCCAUACUGGAUUGAAACCACAUAUUUGCCAAUUUUGUAUGAAACCUUUCAAUCGAAAAGACAAUUUACUACGGCAUAAAAAGACCCAUUUACAAAACGGAAUGAGUUCAUCAGAAGGAAUUAAACGAAGACACAAUAUGCUUAGAGGAAUAACAGAACAAAUGGCUAUUGAAUUACAACUUUUGCCGCUUAACAGUCGGGAAGGUAGACAAAGAGGAAUUAAUAAUGAUAAUAGAAGGGCUAAAAUAGGAGGAGGAGGAACACAAAGAAUAGCUAGUAGUUCGAGUUGUAGUGAUGAAUGUGGAGGAAAUAUUAAUUAA